AUGACUAAAGGGUUUUUCUCCUUUGCCUUCUCUUGUGAAGAAGACUUGUCUGAUGUUCUUUAUGGAGGCCCUUGGGUUGUUGGGAAGACUUCGUUGGCUUUGAAUCGUUGGUCCCCUAAUCUAUAUUUGAAUGAUGGUAUUUUUGGUUCUGCCCCUAUUUGGGUUAGAUUGCCUGGUUUUCCCUUGGAGUUCUGGCAAGAGGAUGUAUUUAAGGGAUUGGCUAGCUCAUUUGGGGAACUUCUUUUUGUUGACUCAAUGACGACAGCUAGGAAAAGAAUGGUUUAUGCGCGGAUCUAUAUUAAUAGGGUUGUUUCCCCACCUAAAAUGAAUUUUGGAAACAACAAUGGCCUGCAUAAGAAGAUUUGGAGAGAAAAAAUGUCAAAGGUGGCUCAGAAUGAAGAUGGUAGUAUUGAGAUGGUCAAGGAUAUUGGGAACCUGAAGGAAUCUGAUUCUUCUAGUCCGGUUCAAUUAGAGCAAGAUGGAGAUAUUGAUGUUAUCAAGACUACAUCACAAGCCCGGCAAGAGGAGAGUACUGAUACGGUAAAAGGUAACAGUGAGGAUGGUUCUGGUGAAACAGAGCAUUUUGUUAAAGAUGGUUGUAUGCCUAAUCCAUUUGUUCAACAACUUGAGGAAGGAGAAAUUGAUGCUAGACUUAAUGAUGCUAGAGUUGCUUUUUCCAGUCCUAAGAGCAUGGAAAAGGAGGAUCAAAAUGAGGUUGUGAAUUGCAUGUGCUCUCAAUCUGAGGAGAAUGUGAAGUCUACCUAUCCUGCGAAGGAGAGGUCCCCUCUCCCCCAGAAUUUGUUGGAGGAAAAGCGGAGUGAGUCUAGUGGUGGGAGUGGUCCAUUAAAAUUAGGGAAAGAGAAUCACUUGAUGACCCAAGAGGCUAUGAGGGGUGAAGCUCCAUUUAUCCAAGUUGAGAAAAAGAAAUCUAAGAAAGCUGGACAGACUGUUGGGGCUCCACAUGUUGGUGUUUCUACAAGGCAGAAACAUAAAGUUGAUACUAGUAAACCGAAUACCACUCCUGGUAGAAAAUCUAAUAAAAGGUUGAGAGAGCAAGAAUGCAGGCAUAACUUGGCAGAUGGUAGUUAG